ACCAGCUGGACAGAGGCCGCGCAUGCAUGGACAGCCUGGAUGAGCUCGAGAAGCUCAACUUGGUAUCGAGGGUGACACAGGAAGUGGAGAAUCAUACUGGGAUCCAUGAAAAAGUGCUGGCAGAGUACAUCAUCUCGCAGCAUGAGGCCUCCAGUAGCUUCAAGGACUUCCAGGCCAACGUGGGUGGCGAUUUCACUGAUGCGCUGCUAGAGACGAUUGAUCGCCUUGUUUUGACAAUGCACCCUGCAUACCGCAAGAAGACACGGGCGAAAGGCGACGCACUCCAGACAUCUCCUGCUGGAAACAGCAAAAGUCGCGUCUUCAAAGGACUCGCCAUACCCGACGGACCUUCGAACUACGAGCUUGAACAGGCAGAGACGGCAGAUCUAGAUGAUACACUCGCACAACUCGAAGCGCUGGGUCCCAAGGCGCCUGUAGGUGCGGAGCGCAAACGAAGCCGCUCACCCAGCAUUGACCGUUCUCGGCAGAGAAGACGACGCUCGCGUUCAAACUCGCCACGGAUACCUCAAAGAGAUCGUGGUCAUGCUGAGCGUGAAGAUUGGCGUCGUGAACGAUCACCGGAGACAUACAAUAGUCGUCGGUUCCGUCGAACGCCCUCACCACGUGGUCGCCCUAUCAAUACAGAGCCGGAGCUCUUCAGCAUCUACGAAGGACGCAUCACAGGAAUCAAGGACUUUGGCGUCUUUGUUGCCAUCAAGGGAUUGAAUCGCGAUGGUCUUGUGCAUGUCUCCAAAAUUCAAGAAAAUGGCCACAUCAAUCAUCCCGCGGAUGUUCUUGGUCGUGGUCAACUAGUUUGGGUCAAGCUAAUCAAGGUGGAUGGACAGAGAUUGAGUCUGAGUAUGAAGGAUGUGGAUCAAGCAACAGGCAGAGACAUGAAUCCUCAACAACAGAUCGAUGCAGAAGUGGCGCUGGACCGUUUGCACAACAAAUCAGUGCCUAUCAUUGAAGACGAUGAUGGCUAUGUCAAGAAGAAGCACAAGAAGCGGCUGACUUCCCCGGAGCGUUGGGAGCUCAAACAGCUCAUUGCAUCUGGCGCGGUACCUGCAACAGAAUUGCCAGAGGACGAUGACUAUAAUCUAGACGGCGACAUGAGUUCUGAUGCAGACGAGGAGUUUGAUGUUGAGGUUCGCGAGGAAGAGCCACCAUUCCUACAAGGACAGACUCGACAAUCACUUGAACUGUCGCCCAUUCGUGUCGUCAAGGCACCUGAUGGCAGUAUGAAUCGCGCAGCCAUGUCUGGAGGACAACUUGCAAAGGAUCGCAGGGAAGCCAAGGAAAAAGCACUUCGUGAGGCAGCCAAGGAAGAAGCGGCCAUGCGGGAUCCAAAAGCGAAGCAUGAUCCCAUGGCGCAAGGACGGACUGAAUCGGGGCCUUUGCGCUCCAAGAACGACGAAUGGCGUCAAGCGGUGAUGCCACGCAAUGCACCUCUUGGUCGAACCACCACAAUGAGUAUUCAGCAGCAGCGAGAAUCUUUGCCGGUCUUUCAGCUUCGUGCGCCGUUCCUCAAGGCUAUGGACGAGAACCAGAUGCUCAUUGUUGUCGGAGAGACAGGAUCAGGGAAAACGACGCAACUGACACAAUAUCUUGCGGAAGAAGGCUUCACGCGCCAUGGCAUGAUUGGUUGUACACAGCCGCGUCGUGUUGCUGCAACGUCUGUUGCAAAACGUGUUGCCGAGGAAGUUGGUUGCAGACUUGGCCAGGAAGUUGGCUACAGCGUCCGUUUCGACGACUGCUCUAGCCCAGCGACACGCAUCAAGUAUCUGACUGACGGUAUGCUACAGCGAGAAUGUCUCCUCGACCCCGACCUGAAAAAGUAUUCAGUCAUCAUUCUCGAUGAAGCGCAUGAACGGACCAUCGCCACAGACGUGCUUUUUGGCUUGCUCAAGAAGAGUGUCAAGCGUAGAUCGGAUCUCAAGAUUAUUGUCACAUCUGCUACCCUCGAUGCUGACAAGUUUUCCAAAUACUUUCACGAUUGUCCAGUUUUUACGAUUCCUGGACGAACGUAUCCUGUCGAGAUUUUGCAUACGAAGGAGCCAGAGACAGAUUACUUGGAAGCUGCACUCAUGUCGGUCAUGCAAAUUCACCUCUCAGAACCACCUGGCGAUAUUCUUCUAUUCCUGACUGGUCAAGAAGAGAUUGAUAGCUCAUGUGAGCAGCUGUAUGAACGUGUCAAAUCACUUGGGAAUUCUGUCCCUGAACUUCUCAUCCUGCCCAUCUACUCUUCGCUGCCCAGCGAGACACAAGCACGAGUUUUCGAGCCAGCUCCGGAAGGAAGCCGAAAGGUCGUCAUUGCCACGAAUAUUGCAGAGACGAGUAUCACGAUUGAUGGCAUUUACUAUGUUAUUGAUCCAGGCUUUGUCAAGCAGAAUGCAUAUGAUCCCAAGCUUGGCAUGGAUUCGCUCAUUGUUACACCCAUCUCACAAGCACAAGCCAGACAACGAGCUGGUCGUGCAGGCCGUACCGGUCCUGGCAAGUGCUACAGGCUCUACACGGAAGCAGCAUACAACAAUGAGAUGCUCCCCAACAGUGUGCCUGAGAUUCAGCGGCAGAAUCUGUCCAUGACCAUUCUCAUGCUCAAGGCCAUGGGUAUCAAUGAUUUGAUUCGCUUCGAUUUUAUGGAUCCACCGCCUACUCAAACACUGCUUACUGCUCUUGAGCAGCUUUAUACCCUUGGUGCGCUCGACAAUGAAGGCUUGUUGACUCGCAUUGGUCGCAAAAUGGCAGACUUUCCAAUGGAACCCUAUCUUGCCAAGGUGCUGCUCGCGUCUGUCGACAUGGGCUGCUCUGAAGAGAUUCUAAGCAUCAUUGCCAUGCUAUCCACAGGGGGAUCCGUCUACUACAGACCGAAGGAUAAGCAACAACAGGCUGACGACAAGAAGAAGAAGUUCAACCAGACUGAAGGUGAUCAUUUGACUCUGCUGACAAUCUUCAAUGCUUGGCAGCAGAAUGACUGCUCGAAACAUUGGUGUACAGAAAACUUCAUCAGCGCUCGAGGUCUGAUGCGUGCUAGAGACAUUCGCCUGCAGCUUGAAGGCAUCAUGCAGCGCUACCGACAUCCAAUUGUUUCAUGUGGUCGCAAUACAGACAAGGUCCGGCGUGCGCUUGUCUCGGGAUUCUUUACGCACGCAGCAAAGCGUGAUCCACAAGAAGGUUACAAGACUGUUGUUGAGGGUACACCAGUCUAUAUCCAUCCGUCUAGUGCGCUCUUUGGUAAGUCGUCCGAAUGGGUCAUUUACCACGAGUUGAUUGCAACGACUCGGGAGUAUAUGCACUGUGUGACGAGUAUUGAGCCCAAGUGGCUGCCUGAAUUAGCUGGAGCCUUCUUCAAGGUUGCCGACGCAAACACCGUGAGCAAAGCAAAGCAGCGCGACAAAAUUGUGCCACUUGCAAACCGAUUCGAGGAGAAGGACGCAUGGCGAAUAUCGAAGCAGCGGAAUGAACAGCGUGGUAUUGGCAACAGUAAUCAAUUUUAGGCUAUCUGUAGUCCCUGUUAUAAUCUGUAGAAAGGUUCUGGACGUC